UACUUUGUGGCCACCCCUACGUUUCCCUAUACAGUUGCUAACAACUAAAGUUUUAUUAAGUGGGAUUGAGAAACUUCAGACUACGUCGAAUAGCCUAGGCUAGUUGCACCAAUAUAGGAUUCAGCAAUGUUAAGAUGUCGUGCGGUGUAUCAAAGUUCAGUUAAUCAGGAUGCAACAUUGGCUGAUGGGAGUCUUUUCAAUGCCUCCAUGCCCACCUCUCCUGCCUCCAUGAUCAAUCAAUUCGAAGAGGAUGCAGAUGAAAAAGACAUUUUUGUCACCGUGGAUAAUCCAGAGAGUCAUGUGACGGCCAUAGAGACCUUCAUCACAUACAGGGUCUUAACCAAGACAACACGGAGUGAGUUUGAUUCGUGCGAGUACGAGGUCCGAAGACGCUAUCAGGAUUUCCACUGGCUUAAGGGCAGAUUGGAGGAGGCCCACCCCACACUCAUCGUUCACCCACUCCCAGAGAAGUUUGUGAUGAAAGGCAUGGUGGAGAGGUUCAAUGAGGACUUCAUUGAGACGCGCAGGAAGGCUCUGCAUAGGUUUCUCAACAGGAUUGCGGAUCACCCCAUUCUGUCCUGCAGUGAGGACUUCAAGAUUUUCCUCACCGCAGAAGCCUCGGAGCUCACCACGCACAAGAAGCAGGGUCCCGGCUUUCUGAGUAGGAUGGGGGACACGGUGAGGGCUGUAGCUGCCACCGUCAGGGGAGUCAAAAACCGCCCGGAGGAGUUCACCGCCAUCCAGGAGUACGUGGACACUUUCAGUCAAAAGAUCAACUCGCUGGACAAAGUCGCCCUGAGGAUCCUCAAAGAACAGAAGGAGUACCUGGAGGACCUGAAGGAGUGCGAGCCCAUGUACACGCUGUGGUCCGGGUCCGAGGACGAGCUGGCGGAACCCCUCAAGGGCAUGGCCGGCUGCAUUGACAGGUGCUGCCGCGAGACUGAGGAGCAGGUCAACCAGCUGUCUGAAAACCUGGUGCCAGCCUUGCACGAAUAUGUCCUCUGCGCCGAGACCCUGAAGGCAGUACUGAGAAGAAGAGACAAUAUUCAGGCAGAUGUGGAGGCAAAAAGCGAAACACUGGCCAAUAAGAUGACAGAGAGAGAAUCUGACUCUAAGGAUCUAGUUUUUGUAUUGGGGAGCUUCCUUGGGAAAAACCCAGAAGAAGCCAAGCAGCAGAAGCAGGAGAGACUUGAUGUGGAAAUCGAAGAGCUUAAAGAAGAAAUCGAUAAGUUGGAAGACAAAAUGGAGUUUGCCAACAACGCCUUGAAAGGGGACUGGGAGAGGUGGCAGAAGAACAUGAGGGAAGACAUCAAGGCUGCCUUCAUGUGCACUGCUGAGAAGAACAUCGAUUAUUAUGAGAAGUGCCUGGCAGUGUGGGAGUCCUUCCUCUUGUCCCAGAGAUCUGACCUCACUGUGGAGAGCAGCGGGGAGCAAGACCCGGCCCCGCAGGAAAUCGCCGAAGACGAGGCUCCACAGGCCACCUGAAAACAUUCCCCACUGCCCUGCCCGUCUCACUCCCCCCCACGCCCCCAUUCAUUUUUUUCCAUUAUAAUAUCUCUGAUAAUAUUGCCUUUGCCAAGACUUCUCUGCAUAUCUCUGCCUCGGGGUAUAGGAGUGACUCACUACAUUAAAGCAGGAUGCAGUUAAUUUACCAGAAUGGGCCUUGAAGAAUGUCUGCAUUCUGUUUUUUUGCUAAUUAUAAUGAAAUGCAUUAACAUAGUCCUGCUUUACAGUCCCUGACAAUGGGGCAAUGUGCCAUCUGUUUGUUUUUAGCAGAUACACCUGCUUUUCUUUAUCAAUGAUGGCAUCAGCCAGUAAAUUGCCUUUUUAACGCAUGCCUUUUCAUUGUCCACUCAAAUCUGUCCUGACUUUUAAAAAAAAGGGCAGUGACUUUAUAGCAAUGGUGGCAUGAACAUUUUUACCACCCGAUGAAUUGUCAACAUUUUAUGCUCUUUGAAUUUGUUCAUCGUGCCUCUUGCAUCUUAUAUCUAAAAUGGAACGAGCUGAAUUGCUUUAAGUUCUAAUAUUUUUCAGCCUGUAGCUUAUCGCUAUACAAACAUAUUAAUAAAAACUGAUUAAGAAGGUGUCGGGCUACACAGCUGAGAAUGGCUGUAUCUGCGCUCCAAAAACAACACUGAACCUCCUGCACAUAUGGUGUGGUUUAUUGGCAUUAUCCCUGGAACAAGCACUGGGAGCUCUACUUGUUGCCAUGUAAUUGGAGGUUUUUGUGCUGAUGGGGUAUUGCUUUAAAGAACAGACGUUUCCUUGGACACAGCUGUCUGCUAUACAGGUUAAAUAACCUACCUCUGACUCUAAUUUCUUUAACAAAUUUCAGCUUCCUGUUCUGAGCAACUGAGUUAGCCAGGUAUCAAAACUGUGGUGUUCAUUAUGGUAUGUGGGUUUAUUAGGAGCAAGUGGCCAUUUAAAUCUGAGUGCCAAGGAAGUGGUCAUGAACCAAACCAUGCUAAUGUACCAACUGUCUUGAAGAUUCAAAAACAAAUCUGAAACUUGACUAGUUUAAUAUACUUGAUUCAGUUUCUGAUUAAUCAGACACAGGGUUUGUGACAUGGCUAGGUGUGUGUUUUUAGUUUUAUUUUAGUUAUUUUAUACAAUGAAAGGUACAGGUGGUUUGUGUUUAAAUGACUGGUUAGACAUAGUAUGUAUGGCAAUGAAUGCACAAUUCCAAAAACGAAAAAGCCUUAUAUUUACACAAUUUAAGAUAUAGACAGCUGACAUAUGUUUAUGUGCUUUUUUGUAAAUAUAUCCUAAAGUACAAGGGUGAAGUUUUGCCAUGAAGGGUCAAGUUUUUUUUUUUUUGUUUUUUUUAACAAAUGCACAUUCAAAGGAUCUUAUUUAGUUUUUUAUUAAAUGGGUAUUUUAGCCAUAAAAAAUAAUUAUUAGCAUUAAGUUCAUUUUGUGGCAUUUUGCUAAGGCUUUAUACAAACAUUGCUUUCUCAAGGGAUUUGUCAUAGCUAUAUUGAUGAAAGAACCAACAGUCAGAUCGAACAGCAUGUUAUAUCCUAAAGUAGGUUACCCACUUGGCUUAAUCGCAUUAAAUAUUUAACAGCUCGCUUUAAAUAACAUAGAGCUUUGAAAAGGCCUUCAUCUGCAAUGUAUUUAAUAACAACUAUACAUGUGAAAUGUGUUCUCUCUGAUUACUCUGUAACAAACCUGUCAUUUCUCUUAUUGUUUCAGAUCCUGAUAGCACAAUGUAUCAUCGUAUAUAUUUCCGCUAUUGUGUUGUUAUACCGGAUUGUUUCUAUAAAUUACAUUUGAAAAAUA